UCCCUCCCCGUCCUCUCCCGUCUCCUCUCUACCCCUUCCCUUCCGCUCUCUCCCCGCCUCAUCCCGGCGCGCCCGCACAGCCGCGGCUGCCCUGCCCCGUGUGGCCCGGCCCUGCCGCGUCCCCUCCCGGUGGCGGAGCCGCCCCGCCGCCCCCUCCCGCCCAGCCCAGGGUCUCCCUUGGCCGCGCCCCGCGCCCCCUCCCCGGCGGAUCCCCACGGCACCGCCCCUCCCGGGCGCGGGGUUUCCAUGGCGACGGCCGGUGCCGCCGUCCCGGUGCUGACCGAGCGCUCUCCCCGUUGCCUCUCCCGCAGCCGCCGGCCCAGCCCAGCCCAGCGCGGCCCCGCGGGGCCCCGAUGAUGCCGGGCGCGCGGGCGGCGGAGCAGCAGCAGCAGCAGCAGCAGCAGCAGCGCCCGAGCGUGCGGCGGCCGCUGCCGCCCCAGUGACGGCCCCGCCAUGUCGGUGAUGGUGGCGAGGAAGAAGGUGGUUCGGAAAUGGGAGAAGCUGCCGGGCAGGAACACCUUCUGCUGCGACGGCCGCAUCAUGAUGGCCCGGCAGAAGGGCAUCUUCUACCUGACGCUCUUCCUCAUCCUCGGCACCUGCGCCCUCUUCUUCGCCUUCGAGUGCCGCUACCUGGCAGUGCAGCUGUCCCCGGCCAUCCCCGUGUUCGCCGCCGUUCUCUUCCUGUUCGCCAUGGCCACGCUGCUGAGGACCAGCUUCAGCGACCCCGGGGUCAUCCCCAGGGCCCUGCCCGACGAGGCAGCCUUCAUUGAGAUGGAGAUUGAGGCCACCAACGGGACGGUGCCGCAGGGCCAGCGCCCGCCCCCGCGCAUCAAGAACUUCCAGAUCAACAACCAGAUCGUGAAGCUCAAGUACUGCUACACCUGCAAGAUCUUCCGGCCGCCCCGCGCCUCGCACUGCAGCAUCUGCGACAACUGCGUGGAGCGCUUCGACCAUCACUGUCCCUGGGUGGGCAACUGCGUGGGGAAGAGGAACUACCGCUACUUCUACCUCUUCAUCCUCUCGCUCUCCCUCCUCACCAUCUACAUCUUCACCUUCAACAUCGUCUACGUAGCACUGAAAUCUCUGAAGAUUGGGUUUCUGAACACGUUGAAGGAAACCCCAGGGACUGUACUGGAGGUGCUGAUCUGUUUCUUCACGCUGUGGUCGGUGGUGGGGCUGACGGGGUUCCACACCUUCCUGGUGGCACUGAAUCAGACAACCAACGAGGACAUUAAGGGGUCCUGGACUGGGAAGAACCGCGUGCAGAACCCCUACAGCCAUGGGAACAUAGUGAAGAACUGCUGCGAGGUGCUCUGCGGGCCCCUGCCCCCCAGUGUCCUGGACAGAAGGGGCAUCCUGCAGCAGGAGGAGAGCACGGCUCAGGAGGGCUCGUGCCCGCGGGCGCCCGGCACGCAGGAGCCCCCGGCCCCGCAGGGCCCUGGGCAGCCCCAGGAGGGGGCCAUGAAGCAGCAGGAUGGCAGCAUUCCUCCCCCCAGUGCCGUCCCUGUGCCAUCUGUGAGUGACACCCAGCUGCCGGAGGAGAAGCAGCGAACGCCUGGGGAGUUCCCAGUGCCCCCCCUGGACGCUGGGCGAGCGGAGCACUAGCAUCUGCUUGGAAGGGAGAACUUUGUUGUUUUGUCUAAUCGAAGCUGGAAGUGGUGGAGGAGAGGAGAAGGGCUGGAUGGCAGGCACCUGAUUCCCCAUGGCCCUUUUGCUUUAGUCAUUCCUCACGGGACAGCGAGCGCGGGUGGCACGUCCUGGUCACCGUGGGGCACUGCCACCGCCCAGCUCUGCCUGGGGCUGUCCCUCUGGCAGGGCAGGGUCGGGUCUGCUCUCCCUCCUGCUGAGGAAUCCCCAGGGAAGGGGAGAGCAGUGGUGGCAGCAGCGUCCUCUCUCCCCUCCUCCCUCCUUCCUCUCAUCCGUUCGUUGUUUUGUGGUUGGCGUGGAGACGUUUUGGUGGCCCAAGGACCCAAACAAGAGGGGAGGAGUUCUGCUGGCA